UCUUUCUUCCAGCCUGGUCAUCCUGCACCCCUCCCAUUAGAGGUCGGCCUGUUAACCCUUGUUAAUAGGGGCCCCAAAGUUCAAGAGAUCAUUGAGCUGCUGGACUGGCAGGACCAGCCUGACCAAUAUAUCAUGGUCUUGGAGCGUCCCUCACACUGCAAAGAUGUGUUUGAUUUUUUGGAUCAUCACGAAGGCAUCCUCAAUGAGGAAACGGCACGGUUUAUAAUUGCGCAGGCAACAAUGGCCGCUCACAUGUGCUGUCGCCGUGGAGUUUUCCACAGUGACAUUAAGGCGGAGAACCUGCUGAUCAACUCAGAAACCCUUGAGGUCAAACUGAUUGACUUCAGGUGUGGGAUUUCCUGCAAGAAUCUGGCUAUGAAAGAUACAAAUCUCUUUCUAGGCACAGAUGAGUACUGCCCACCUGAGUUCUACACAGAGGGCAAGUACCAUGGUAAACCAGCUACUGUGUGGUCUCUGGGAGUGCCUGGUCUGACAUCUGGUCUGAGCCUGGCUGGUCAAACGGAUCUUGCACUGGAUGUCACAGAAGUUCCAGUCUUUGGCCGCUUCCUCCCUCUGCUUAGCAUCUAG